GUCCGGGCAGCACUCACCGAUGCGACACAGUCCAUUGACUGUUACCUGCGAUAUAACAGAUGCGCGGCCUAGCGUUAUGAACGCGGCUGAAAGCCAUGACAGGGCAUGCAAAUGCUACUUAUACCCGCUGUCAUGCACCGCUUGACACGCGCAUGUGGCAUGACUAUAUGGAUCCUCCUCCCCCUCCCCUCUCCCUCCUCCUCUGAGUCUGUUGGUCUCAACACGGGCCAUGGCCGCCAUUAUGUUCAGACGGCGACUUUUGCUUGGCGCUCUUUGCAUCUCGAACAUUGCUUUGGGAAACGUCUUAUCUCUUCAGUCCAUCCUUGAAAGCGAGGGGAUCGUGGCUUACUUUGAGGACCAACCAAACUAUCAAAAUGCCUCAACGCCGUUCAAUCUUCGUCUGCCCUUCAAGCCCGUUGCGAUCGCGUAUCCGAGCAACGUGGAGGAGGUUGCCGGUGCAAUUGUAGCCGGUGCCUCAUUGAACGUCCCUGUAUGUGCUCGCUCUGGUGGCCAUUCUUACGGUGCCUUCAGCCUUGGAGGAGAAGAUGGGCACCUGGUCAUUGACUUGUCUAUGAUCAGGGACAUCCACAUCGACAACUCUACUAGUGUUGCUAUUAUUGGGACAGGAAACAGGCUUGGCGACGUCGCAACUGGCUUAUUCAACCAGGCAGGACGCGCGCUGCCGCAUGGGACAUGUCCUCUUGUAGGCAUAGGCGGACAUACGAGUUACGGAGGCUAUGGAUUCACAAGCCGUCAAUGGGGUCUGACAUUGGAUGCUGUCAUCGGUGCCACGGUUGCCCUUGCCAAUGGAACCAUUGUCGAGACUUCAGCCUCACAGAAUUCCGAUCUGUUCUGGGCCCUGCGCGGCGCAGCACCAUCAUUCGGUAUCGUCACCCACUUCCACUUUCAAACGUUUGCAGCGCCGACUCAGCCGACGUACUUCAACUAUUACUGGUCUCUGCCCCUAGAUCAGGCUAUCACGGCGAUCGAGCUCUACCAGAAAUUUUCUUCCUCUCCUUCUCUCCCGAAGGAGAUUGGAUUCGAGUUGAAUCUGUUCAAGGGCAGUGCUAUGGGCGAGAUCUUGGUGAACCUCCAGGGUUCGUACUAUGGCAGCCCGGAAGGCUACGACGCUAUUGUAGACCCCUUUCUUUCUGCUAUGCCGAACCAAACGUCCGAGCCGCAAGUCAAUGUCACGUCAUGGCUUGAAAACCUAGCCCUCCUUGCGGGCACCCCGCUCGCUACUACGCCAGCAUUCCUCGCUACUGAUCACGAUACUUUCUACAGCAAGAGUCUCACGACGCCCUCAGACACGCCCAUGUCGCAAGAGGCCAUAGUCGCGCUUGCUAACUUGAUGUCUACAGAAGGAUGGAAUACGAGUACGAACUGGUUUGUUCAAUUAGAGCUGUACGGCGGUCUUUCUUCGCAGAUCAGCAUGACGUCAUCAAAUGCGACAGCGUACUUCAAUCGACAAAGUCUGUGGACUAUCCAAUUCUAUGCCUCAAGUUCUGAUUACAGUCCUCCUUACCCGGAAGAGGGCUUUACGUUCGUUGACCGCCUUGUGGCUUCGAUUACUGCCGCCGAGCCGGACACAUUCAGAUACGGAGCGUAUCCGAACUACAUCGAUGCGAGCCUGACUCCUCACGAAUGGCAAACACUGUACUAUGGGUCAAACCUCGAUCGACUCCGCAAGAUCAAGUCGGAAGUUGAUCCCACUGGUGUGUUCACCUUCCCGCAAUCCAUUCCAUCUGACAGCCUCUUCGUAGUGUGACUCUAUUCGAGGGCAGUAUCAGUGUAGAGUACGCCACAUGACAUAGGUGCCAAUAUGUCGCAGACUCAGCGUUCGCGCAGUCGUGCUCCUGGUUUGACAAUAUUCAAUCAGGACUAUCUGGG